CCUACCCCCCACCCAUCCCACCAAGGCUUCCAAGCCUCAACAACAUCGACGGCCCUCCGGGCCCCCGACAUCGCACAUGCGAUCGACCUCCGGGCGUAUACGACCUGCAGCCUCUGCGCGCAUACACAUGCAGCCUUUGAGCGCAUACACAUGCAGCCAUUGAGCGCGGUCAGCCUCACCACCCGCGCGCCAUCUCUGGCGCAGCCACCUGCCCAUCCUUACAUCUCGAUGCGGCCUCAGCGCCCAUCCACCACCGCGUCCUCCCAAGGAUCGCCCACCCACCAUCAUUCCACUGUAUUUCUAGCACCUCUGGAAGGUCGUUGACGACUGUUACGCGCACGACUUUGUCUCUCCUCUCGGUUAUCUUACGAUUGCACUCCUCACGUUCCACGAUCUCCGCCCCUCGCACGACUUAUGCUUAUUGUAUCCUUAUGCUUUUCACGCUCUGUUUCCCUACGUACGACUGCAGCCCUAGCAAUGAAACGAACGAAAGACUGUACAACGAAAA